AUGCAGCAGUGUUUCCGGAAAAAGAAGGAGGCAUAUAUUCGGCCGGUUGGGACGCCGAGCGCGUCUGAUUUCCAUCAGGCAGACAUUUGCUUCAACCCAGCCGAAUUCCUCAUAGAGAAUAUCACAACAACCACAUGGUUAAACAGCGCAUCAGAGCUGCCUGUACAGCGCUUGGGGCCAUUUCGAGGCUUGUUGACAGAUGCUCUUGAGACGGUCGCCCUUCCGGCACAGCUUCUGGAUUCUCCUGUGUCAUUUGGCCAGACACCGGGAAUUUGGACAAAAUGGAAAGUUACGACAAAGCGCACAAUGGUGGUAUGUAUAAGAGAUAUCCAGUCGCUUAUUGGAAUCGGUUGUACGAUUGCCGUGCUGGCUGCCAUCCUUGGAUGGGUAUUUUGGCACUUGGAUGGAUCCCUUGCAGGAAUCCGUUCCCGGCAAGGAAGCCUCUGGGAUGCUACGGGUCUUUAUGGGUAUCUGAUGUUGAUCAGCGAGAUCUGUCGAUUGUUAGGAGAUGUAAAAUACUUUGACCACGAACGGAGGGAACAGCUCGUUGGUCCCGUCAUCUUCAUUCUCAGUCGCCGAGCAGUGAAGCUAAUACUGGAGGACCUCAGCUUGCCGACGUUGUUCACUCUCAUAUACUAUCCCAUGGUGGGCUACCGAGACAGCAAAUCGCAAGUCUUCUUCUUCUGGUUAAUGAUGUUUCUUACGCAUAUCAAUGCUGUUGGGUUUGCCACUGUAUCUGUCGCCACGACUCGAAACUUUUACGGAGCUAUAUUCAUAGGGAAUAUGUACUUCACGUUGCAGACAGCGGCCUCGGGGUACUUUUUGCAGGCGAAUCAGAUACCGCUAUAUGUGCAGUGGCUGAAAUGGUUAACGACAACGUUUUAUACCUUCAGCGCCAUUUGUACCCUUGAAUAUGUUGGAUACAAUGGUUCCAAUCCCGGGUAUCUAUACGAUUGCCCCUAUUCUCAUGAUGUGCGUGAUCCUCAAUGCAAAGAGUACACGGGUGCCUUUAUCAUGGACAGCCUAUGGCUUCCAAGUGGUGGGAUCUGGAAACAUGUUCUAGUCUUGUGCGCAUUUGCUAUAUUUUAUCAAGGCUCUGCGAUUGCGAUAUUCCGUGUUAAAACAGCUGGCCGACUUUGGUACGUGGCAGGCGCAGAAAAUAAGGGAAGCGAAGCAUCUCCACGCGAGAAGCCAUCUGUUCCUUAUCCAACUCAAUCCCACCACAGCUAUAUACAAUUUCAUGAGCUAGAGCUCUACAAGACAUAUUCGCCGACAUGGACACGGCCUAGGCGAAGAUCGGCUCGGAUCAUUGGUCCAGUAUCACUCUUUUUUCGCUCCGGAAGACUGAAUGUAAUUAUGGGGGCUUCGGGAAGCGGCAAGACGACCUUACUGAAUGCCCUAGCUGGGAGACUCGCCACAUCUUUGAGGUCAUCGUGGGAGUCCCUGGGAUCUAUUACAUUGAAGGCUCUCCAAUAAGCAGCCAGAAACUCCGUGGUUUAGUAUCAUAUGUUCCGCAGGAUGACUAUAAUCUUCUUCCCACUCUGACAGUUCGAGAAACAUUGUACUUUGCUACUGAAUUGAGAUGUUCUGGGUCCGUCCCCUCACACGAGCGGAAAAGGCGGGUGGAGGACAUGGUCAAGCGGUUUGGGUUAGAAUCCUGCGCCAAUACGAUUGUGGGAUCGACCUCCAAUAAAGAAAUCAACGGUGGUGAGAAGCGACGCCUGUCAAUAGCCUGUGAAGUCGUAACAGAACCAAGAGUGCUGGUUCUUGACGAGCCAACCUCUGGCCUGGACUCGCGUACUGCUCUCUCCGUUCUUGAGCUGCUUCAUCAACUAUCGUCCGAUGGAUGUACCGUCAUCCUCUCCAUUCAUCAACCAUCCUCCGCCAUGUGGGCACUGAUUUCGGCCUGUCUCCUUCUCAGCCCGGACGGCCGUCCCGUGUACGCGGCGGAUGCGAGCCAGAUGGCUUCCUACUUUGACUGUCUCGGAUACACCUGUCCCCAUACCGCAAGCCUGGCUGACUUCGUUAUUGAUAUAACAGCUGGCUCUUCUUCUCGGGAAUUAGAAAGCCUAAUAGAUAAGUGGACGCAUUGGCAGUCAUCAGAAAUGUCGACAGCUUCAGAAACCCCUACCCUCUGGCAUCUUGACCCCUCUGGCCCCCAAACCAAAUGCCGCCGCUUCAUUCCUACUACCCGCGUCCUCCUGCACCGCGCCUACCUCAACAUGCUCCGCAGCCCUCUCUCUUUGUUCGUGCGGCUUAGCCAAUGCCCAGGUAUGGGUCUUAUCUGGACCAUAUUCGUGGCGCCCCUGCACAAAGACUACAAUUCGAUCCAGACACGUAUGGGCCUCAUGAUACAGUACGGCCCGGUAGCAUUCAUCGGCAUGCUCCAGAACAUCGCGACCUUUCCAGCCGAGCGAGAUCUCUUCGAGCUUGAAUCCUCCAUGCACUUGUACGGUGCUACAGCCUUCCUCACCCAAUACACGGCCAUCGAACUCCCUUUGGAGAUAAUUGCAGCCGGAAUUUUCAGCAUUCUCUUUGCCUACGCCGCGCAGCUAGGUCCCACAGCGACUGAGCUCGGCGUCUGCUUCUUGACUGCAGUGUGUACGCUUAACACCGGCGAGUCUUUGAGUAAUGCUCGCGUGUCUCGCUUUUGGACGGAACCUCAGCCUGGCUGUGAACUGCACGUCGGCGUUGUUGUCUAUAUUUACUAUGCUUGGGGGGACGAUGAGUCUGAGUCCACCGCGCAUUUUGCAGUGGUUUAAUCAUAUCUCGCCUGUCAAAUAUGCUAUUGAUAAUCUGGCGUACUACUGUCUGACUGGCUUGGAGCUGCAGUGUACGGAUAGUCAGCGUCGGGCGGAUGGGUCGUGUCCUCUUCAGACCGGGGAGCAGGCUUUAAAACUUUAUGACUUGGAUACAGAUCAUCCGGAGAUUAGACUGGUUGCUGGUGUAGUGCUGAUGGUGGGGUAUCGGCUGUUAGUGUGGGUUGUGUUGAUGCUGCAGGUUAGGUGUCGGAAUGGGUUCGGUUAUCAAAGGUGGGUAAAGGUCAGGACGAGGCGUGAGAACUAG